CACCCAAUAUCCAAAAUCACAACCCCCACCCCCCCACUGCCACACUUGGUUAUUUUCCACCAGUACUUUUCAUCAUUCUAAUUAGAAAACACAUUUUUCAUUUCAGUUAGAAACUGAACACACUCACGCUUAUCUUUCUUCGUCAAUCGUCAUUGCUAAAUUCAGAAGCUUGAGAAGGGAGGUUAAAUUCCAGAAUCAAUAUAGCUCUUAGUCAUCACUCAUCAGCUGGUAUGGUUGUAAUUCAGAAACCUUGUUAAACGCGGUGUGUGGUUUUGGAUUUUUGAUAGUUGUAGCGCUUGUGAUGGCCAUUGCUGCAGUUAUCGGACUCUAUGCAGGAAAUAGAAUCUUAAGCUCGUCUUUCUAUUAUUCUGAUAUUACUGAAAAGUUAGCUUGUAGUGGUGAUCAUGCUUUGAUCUGCAAUCCUACGAGAAAUGUGAUCAAUGCUAAGAAGUCAUCCAAUUAUAGCGCUGGUUAUGUUUCCAAUCGAAAAAAACAAUCCGUUAAGGCUGUUAAAGAGCAUGCAAACAUUGCCUCUAAUCAUUCUGAUGUGGAGCCAAUGGUUGAAAUGUUAAAAAAACUGCAGAAUGAAAGCUGCAGCGAAGAAGAUUCAGUGGAGGUUCUUCUUCUGCUGCAGAAAUCUAUGCUUGAAAAACAAUGGAAUCUUUCAGCUGAGAAAACAUUGGAAGCUUUCCCACCAAAUGAAAAGAACUGUAAAAAGAAGAUGCAGAUCACUUGUUCAGGAACUUCUGCUAGGCGGAGGAGAAUGGAUACUCGUAAAAGAGUUCAAAUUCCAAAAACUUCAGCUGCAGCAUAUAGUGCAAGCAAGCGACUGAGAUCUGUUGUCGGUCCAGAGCUACAACAAAACCGUUUGAGAGGUUACAUGAAUGGUGUCGUAAACCAAGAACUUCUUACACAUAAGGAAGUGGUGCAACUAUCCAAGAAAAUCAAAUUUGGUCUUUAUUUAGAAGAACAGAAGGCCAGUCUGAAGGAAAGAUUGGGAUGUGAACCUUCUGACGAUCAACUCGCGGUUUCCUUGAAGAUGUCUCUUGCUGAUUUACGAUCUACAUUAAUGGAGUGUUCCUUGGCUAGAGAAAAACUUGCAAUGAGCAAUGUUCGUCUCGUCAUGUCAAUUGCGCAAAGAUAUGAUAGCAUGGGUACUGAAAUGGCUGACCUCAUUCAGGGGGGCCUUAUUGGACUACUUCGCGGGAUAGAGAAAUUUGAUCACUCAAGAGGAUUCAAAAUCUCAACUUAUGUUUAUUGGUGGAUUCGUCAGGGCGUUUCCCGAGCAUUAGUUGAUAACUCAAGAACAUUGAGAUUGCCCAUACAUCUACAUGAAAGACUGAGUUUGAUCCGUAAUGCAAAAGUCAAGCUUAAAGAUAGUGGAAUAACUCCAUCAAUCGAAAAAAUAGCUGAAUGCCUUAACAUGUCCCAGAAGAAAGUCAGAAAUGCAACUGAGGCAAGCAGCAAGGUGUUUUCACUUGAUAGGGAAGCAUAUCCCUCUUUAAAUGGCCUUCCUGGAGCAACACUUCAUAGCUACAUUGCUGACAAUCGCCUGGAGAACAACCCAUGGCAUGGAGUUGAUGGAUGGGCGCUCAAGAGGAAUUUAGUAUUAACCCUGGGUCCCUGGUAGAUGCAUGCCUGAAAGAUCCCCAGUGGCAGUUACUACUAUUCUAGCACUAGCUCCGUCAAUGAGUCUUUCCUCCUUGACUCAAAUUUAGGUUCGAUCUUGAUAAGUCAACUCAUAAUGAUGUUUAGUUUCCCAAUUAUAAUUUUGUGCAGGAAAUAUGAUCUUGGUAUACAUUCUUUAUACCUUUCCAUCACUAUAUUUGAUAGCUGUGCCUACCAUAAAAUCUUGUUCCCUUAAAUUCCCUUCUUUUUGCGUUGCUGUGCUUUUUCUCUUCUAUAACUAACCAAACCUGAGCCUCAAUCUCAAAAUAGUUGGGGUCAGCUUUAUGAUACUCCGUAACCAUAUCACACCAGCAACCCAAUAUUUGAAAAUUUAGGCUCUCUCGCACUAGAAGUUCUAUAGAUUCUAUACUGUCAUUCAAAUCCCUAACAAGACUAGCAAACUAAACCUCAAUCACAAUUGAAUGUUAGCAAUGAUAACACCCCAAAUUUGGGUCUGAGGAUAAAAUGAUACCUGUGAAUGUGAUAUCAAUGAUGCUUCUCCCUACCUAUGUUUCUCAGGAAGGGAUGUUCUCUGGGGGUGCUUCUUUAUAAGUUCCAUUUUGCUUUUCUUCUCAUCUUAUUUAUCAAGACGUAAACUUGAAAUAUCUCAGAGAGUGAAGA